UCUUUUUCUAUAGACAGACAGAGCUUUUACAGAGACAAAGCAGCUGCUGCAGCUCACCAUUCCUAUAGUGUUUUACCUUGUAUUGAGCAAACCGUGCUGACAUGACAAAGCUUUAGUCAAGCUCACAAAGCCCUGAUCCCAGCAGGAUCUAUAAAGAGGACCGGACAGAAGCUUUGCGCCGGAUCUGGACUGAACCUAACAGAACAAAGUCACAAUGGGCAAGAUUAUCUUCUAUGAAGACAGGAACUUCCAGGGCCGUCACUAUGAGUGUAGUAGUGACUGUCCUGAGAUGCAGAGCUUCCUUACCCGCUGCAACUCCAUAAAGGUUGACAGUGGCUGUUGGGUGGCCUACGAAAAGCCCAACUAUUCAGGCUACCAAUACAUGCUGCACAAGGGAGAAUAUCCUGACUACCAGCGUUGGGCCGGCUUCAACGAUUGCAUCCGCUCAUGCCGCAUCGUCCCUCCUUACAACGGAAACUACAGGAUGAAGAUCUUUGAGCGUUCUGACUUCGCAGGACAAAAUAUGGAGGUGGUGGAAGACUGCCCUGAUCUCAAUGAGCGCUUCCACACGCGUGACAUCUCCUCUGUCAAUGUCAUGGAGGGCUACUGGAUGCUCCAUGAACACACCAACUACAGGGGGCGCCAAUACUUCUUGCGUCCAGGAGAGUACAGAAGGCACAUUGAGUGGGGAAGCACAAGCGCUACCUUUGGCUCUCUGAGACGCGUCACAGAAAACAAAUAAAUUUCUGUUGAUUUUUUCUUUUUUGCCCUCAUUGAGCCCCACUCUUUAAGCCUUCCUCUUGUGUCUCUCAUGCCAGCUCUGUUGGAGCAUGGUCACAACUCUGUGGUCUCCAAACCUGCAAUCAAACACUUUAUGGUGGUUUGGUCUAACCAAAGUGGGAUUAAACUUACUUUGGUUGCUUUGCAUUGAAGCUAUUCUCCAACAAAGCGCUAAAACAAAUCAGAAUAUUGACAAUCUUUUUUUUUUUUUUGCAUUGGUUGUCCCAUUGCAAAAAAUAUUUUGCCAGCAGGUCC